AUGUUCAUCAACUUAAAUGAGCCUCAAAGCUUGAGAUGGGAUAUGGAGCAUUCUCUAUGCUUACACCAGCAGCGCCUAAAAAAAAUCCAAAAAAGCAACAACUUAUCAAUGGUAAUUCAAAAAUCCUCAUCACCUUCCCCAAAAGCCAAAGCAGUCCCAUAUAUGGCAAUUGCUAGAAACCGCGACAUUCUUCGCCAAAAUCAAAUUCUCUAUGAGAGACUUGCAGAAAUUUCUCACAAAAAACGAGUUGGGACACAAACUGUUAGUCCUCCACAUCUAAAAAGCCUGAAUUAUAAGCUGAAAAAGCAAAAUAAUGAUAAAAUACUUGCUGAAAAUUUAAUGCUGCUAAAAAGAAUCACUGAAAAAAGCCCGUUUAUAUCUUAUAAACAGUCUGUAGAUGAAUAUAGCCAAAUAAUGCAGUUAAAGAAAAUGAUUUCUAAAGAAAAGCUAUUUAAGUUAAAAAAAUUCGCGAAAUUUGAAGGGAGAAUUGGGCAUUUGCCGCCUUUAGAAGAAGAUAAAAGGCAAGAAAAAUCUUUUUCGCAUUCGCAAAAAAUUGUGAAUUUGAAUGAUACAAUUAGCUUGGGGAAAAAAGAAGAAAAAGAAGUGAUUAGGAAAGAUUUUACUUUUGGGAAAGAAGUUGAGAUUAGUAAAGAAAUUGGUGAGAUGAAGGGAGAUAAAGGGGAAAGUGUUGAUCUUGAAAAAGAGCAAAAUGUUAUAAUUCGUUUCUAGCAUUUGAUAGGAAUUUUUUCCUAGUUGAUAUUUCCUCUGAGUUUUGGUAUUAAUAUUUCUGCAAAAACCGUCAAAUUUUACACGAGGGAAAAAAAUUUCCACGUCAUAUGAGGAAAAUGUUCUGAUCAAAUGAAUCGGAGCUGUUAUAAUAGCCAAAACGAACCAAAAGAAGAAUUAGAAAGUAAAGAGGAUUUUAAAGAUGAAAAUAUCAUAGUUGAAAACGUGCCCCUUCCUAUACAUAAUCAAAUCAAUGAGCAGAUCCCUAAAGAGGAAACCAUUCAGCCUUCAUAA